AUGUACACACACAUACAUGUACAUACACAGAAAUACACAUGCGCACACACACAUGUACAUACACACAUAUGUACAUGCACACACACACACACACACAUGUACACAUGUACACGUACACACACACCACCCCCCCAUAAAAAGUUGCAGUACUUCAUUGUUCACUCACAGAUCCAGGUACUGCACUCUAGGGGGAGGCAGAGAGCACAGCACACACUCCUUACUUUGCUUUCACUGCGCUCAGCUACUGAGCAGUCUGACAGAUUCGACCUGAGCUCUGAGCCUGCUCAGCAAGACGGCCCUGGGGGGCACACUCGCCCCCACCAUAAUUUCCACUCGCCAUUGGCGAGCAGGCUAGUUGAAAUUUCAAGCCCUGGCGUAAUACAAUUC